AUGUCUAAACUACAGCUACUUAAUGAGGUUCUAGAUCAAAAAUUAGCUGCAGUUCCCCUGGAGAUAUCCGUGGUAGUUAAAACAACGAUAGCAGAGUACCAGGGAGAAAUCUACCGUUUGAAGCGGGCAAUUGCACGUCUACGAAAUCUGCUGGAUUUGGUGUUCAAACCAGAGAUAAAAUUGCAAAGAUUAGCAGGUUUGUGACUACGUCUCUCUAUUUGACAUGCAUUUUACAGUGUAGCCUAAUUUUAAUCAUUGAAAUUUGAGGCUUUCAUUAGCCAUAUACUGCCUAGUAGCAAUAAAAGAUGUGGGGGAUAUAGCAAUAAAAGAUGUGGGGGAUUCGCAAGCAGUAUGGCUAGCUAAGUACAUAACGUUAGCUAGCUAUCAAAGUAUAUACCUGCAUGUACAAUUACUUCAAUAGGAUACCAAUUUCAUGCCAGAAAAAUGUGUCCAUUUUAAGAAAGUGUUGUGAAUAUCACAAAUGUUCUAUAUGCCACUUUGUCUUAAAUUGUCUUUAAUCCGUUUUUGAAAAGGUAUUAUUUUCUGGGACACGUGUGUUCUCAAGUUGCGUCAAUUCAAAUCUGGUAUAGGAACAAAAACAGGUCAAUACACGUCUAAAAUAGACUAGUAUUUUAAUUAAUGCAAACACUUGAAUGGUAAAUAUGAUGUUCGUAUAUACGGGCCCACUGAAAAACCACGAUGGGCAGAAAGAGAACUGAGCUUUUGUUAUAAGUUCUUCUUUAAAUACUCUGACAGAGAUAGUUCCCGCACCCUGCUGGGCCUGUCAGAGUAGAGGCUGGGUGUGGUUUAAACUUACCCAAGCUAUCGUUGGCGCACAGGCUGGUCCCAGCCCCUUGGCGCUUCACUGUUGCCGGGCAUUAGUUGUUAUCUUUACAACUUGUCUCGAGUCAGCAUCCUCAGACAUAGUUUGUUCUUCUUCAUUGUAGCAGAACACAUGUCCUUGAGCGGUUUAACAAAGAGGCAGUGUGUGUAUCUCAGUCUCUCAGCCUGCAUCGGAGUGUUAGCUGUGCCACUAGAGAUCCUGGUUCGAAUCCAGGCUCUGUCGUAGCCGGCCGCGACCGGGAGACCCAUGGGGCGGCGCAUAAUUGGCCCAGCGUCGUCCAGGGUAGGGGAGGGAAUGGCCGGCAGGGAUGUAGCUCAGUUGGUAGAGCAUGGCGUUUGCAACGCCAGGGUUGUGGGUUCGAUUCCCACGGGGGGCCAGUAUGAUAAAAUAUAAAAUAAUGUAUGAACUAACUGUAAGUCGCUCUGGAUAAGAGCGUCUGCUAAAUGACUAAAAUGUAAAUGUAAAUUAAUCACAGCUUGUUAUGUUAAACAAUCUAUAUCAGUACAGCACAAACCUAUUAUGUUUAAUCAUUAAUGUAUUCUUUCUAAGCUAGGCAUCACAUCUAGUUGUAAGAAAAUAGAUCCCCACAGUGUUCAGUCCAAUAAUCAGUCAAAGGUAGGAAGUAGUCCUAUUUCUUGUCUCGUUUCGGCAUUUAAGUUAUCACUUUUUAUCCUUUCUCCUUCCCUCCAGACCUCCAGCAGCUCACUCUCACUGAAGAUGAGGUUAUUCCUGAGCAGGAAUGGAGCCCUGGUCUGGGGCCAGUGGAGUCGGACACCGAAGAGUCUAUAUGGGACUCUUUCAACAUCAUAACUGUGGAGAACCAAACAGAAUCUGAUGACGAGAGCAACAACAGAGAAUCUGAAUCCACCAGUGACUAUGAGCCCCCCUCUGAAGUAAGUCCAGACAGUGACAACAGUGAAAAUGGAAGAGUGGAGAGUAGAAUACCACUGUCAGGAUUAAAGCCUCUCAAAUCAAAGAGAGGAAGAGGACGGCCAAGGAAAGGAACCAGUGAGUUGCCUGAUCUGAAAUGUGACAUGUGCGGGAAAUGCUUUACAGCAGCACGUAGUCUGAAAAGGCAUCAGCUAAAUCUGCACAGCGAAGAGAGAUUAACAGGACAGCCAAAGAAAAAAACCUGUGAGUUUCCUGAUCUGAAAUGUGAU